CCGAUUGCACACCGACCUAGGUCUUUCUUUUGUGGAACCGUCGUCAAAAUAAAGGAGACCUUUGUAUCAAAAAUAUUCCGAAAAUUAUAAAAAAUAAAAAUGGCAGAAUCGGAAAUAGUGGAUGCGGACCUUACAAUUGAUGAUUUACUUCCUAAAAGUCCAGAAAGUCUGGCUGAGGAGAAGAAAGAGAGUGGCAACCACUUGUACAAAUUUAAAAAUUACAAGGGUGCUCUUGUUAUGUACGAUGAAGCCAUUCAGCUAUGCCCGGAGAAUGCCUCUUACUACGGCAACAGAUCAGCUUGUUACAUGAUGCUGGGCAUGUACAAGAAGGCCCUGGAGGAUGCUCAGAAAUCUGUCGUGCUGGAUCCAACAUUCACCAAGGGAUACAUCAGAAUUGCAAAAUGCUGCAUAGCUCUUGGGGACAUCUCAGGCGGAGAGCAAGCCGUACGCAGUGCAACGGAGCUGGGCGGCGCCGACUGCGCAACGAGCGAGCGCCGCGCGCUGGAGUCUCUGCGUAGGCUGCAUGAGGAUGCCCAGCGCGCCAUGGAGGCUGAGGACUAUCGCCGAGCUGUGUUCUGCAUGGACCGCUGCCUCGACUACAGUCCAUCCAGCUCCAAGGCCAAAUUGACCAAAGCAGAAUGCUUGGCUAUGAUUGGACGCUGCCAAGAAGCACAAGAAAUUGCUAAUGACAUGAUCAGACAUGACAGUUUGGACGCAGAGGCCAUAUUUGUGCGUGGCCUCUGUCUAUAUUUUGAGGACAAGGAUGACCAGGCAUUCAAGCAUUUCCAACAAGUGUUGCGUCUUGCACCCGAUCACAAGAAAGCAAUGGAGACUUAUAAGAAAGCUAAACUUCUCAAGCAAAAGAAGGAGGAAGGAAAUGAAGCGUUCAAGAUGGGCCGCUGGCAGCAAGCCCUUACCCUGUACAACGAAGCCCUCACCAUCGACAAAAACAACAGAGCCGUCAAUGCUAAGCUCUACUUCAACAAGGCCACAGUGUGCGCCAAACUCAACCAAAUCAAGGAAGCCGCCGAGGCUUGCACCGCUGCUCUUGAAUUAGAUGAAAAUUAUGUGAAAGCCCUUCUCCGCCGAGCCAAGUGCUACACAGAACUGGGAGAGUUCGAGGAGGCAGUCAAGGACUAUGAGAGACUAUACAAGAUUGAUAAAAGCAAAGAAAACAAAAUGUUACUCCAAGAGGCCAAACUUGCUCUUAAGAAGUCCAAACGCAAAGACUAUUAUAAAAUACUUGGGGUUGAGAAAUGUGCAUCUGAAGAUGAUAUUAAGAAGGCUUACAGGAAGCGCGCGCUCGUGCACCACCCGGACCGGCACGCGGGCGCGCCGGAGGGCGAGCGGCGCGAGCAGGAGCGCCGCUUCAAGGAAGUGGGCGAGGCCUACGGCGUGCUCAGCGACCCCAAGAAGCGCGCGCGCUACGACCACGGCCACGACAUGGACGACGACAGCGGCGGCAUGGCCGACAUCGACCCGAACGUAGUGUUCCAGACUUUCUUCAACCGCGGGGGCCAACACUUUGACUUCCAGUCGGGAGGGGGCUUCCCUGGAUCCGCAUUUAGCUUCCAGUUCGGUUAAUCUAUAGGGAAACUAACGAAACAAUGUCCCAGAUAGAUACACAAAAUUACUAAUUCAAUACAAUGCCAUUCCAAAUUAUAUCAACCAAAUUAGUGCACUUUGUUUGAUCGUGUAGCGACCACGUUUCUUUUGAUUGUUUUAUUAUAGUUAUACCUACUCGUCAUUUAGCACUAACCGAACAUUUACAAUGUCAAAUUAUGAUGUGUGGAGUGUAACGUUCUGAUAAAAAUUAAUCAUAUUUUAUAUUUAUAGUUAACAAAAAUAGUGUUGCGUUUUAGUACCUGCAAUAUUUGUAAUCACGAAUGUAUCCAAUGCCCUUAUAGUUCGUUUUUUUAGCAUUAGAAAAAAGGUAAACAAUCUUGACGUGUCUUUUAUUUUGACAAACAAUGUUGAAAAAUAAGUCACAGCAAAUAUGUAACGAUUAUUUACAUUCUUUUGCUUUCAUAAGUAAUAGUUACUGAUUAAAAAAAAAAUUAAAGACACGUCAAGAUCGCGUAGUCUUUUUCUAAUGCUAAAGAAAUGAAGUAUAGAGAGACCUCAAACUAGCGUCUUUUGAGAGUCGGCGUCUAGUCAACGUUACGGAAAAUGGCGCAGUUGCGCCAACGUUGCCUCGAACAGCAGCCAUAGAUUUGGCUAGACGCCGACGCUCAGGAGACGCCAUUGUGGGAUGGCCCUUAAUAUAUGGGAUGCAUUAACCCCUUUUAAUAACAAGAUGGUUAAUGGCAAAUUAAUGUUAAUCGCAUAAUUAAUUAAUAAUAUAGAGAUAGUAAUGUUAUCGACUGAUUUGGUUAAGUAACUUUUUUCAUUCUUCAUAUGAAGUAAUAAUGGUUUGUUUUCUUUGAUAGUUAUUGGAACCCUUUUGAUAUGCAUAUGUAGCCCUGUUAGUAGAUCAGAAAUAGAACUGUACCUUGCAUUUUUUUAUAAUAUCAUGUGUAGUUUGUCUCAUUCUAUUCUCAUUUUAUAUUACAUUGUUAUAUUUAUAUGUCUGACAACAAUACAGACCUUCAUGAAAUGGGCCCCUCAUAUAAAAAUUAUAACUAUAUAAUUAGGCGAAAAAUCUGUAAAGUCAUAGCAAGUGAUAGAUUUAUUUUAUUGAAAGUGUUCGUCUAACAUUAAAUAAGAAAACGAUGUAUGUACAGUCAGCAUUCAUAUAAAUACUGUCGGCCAAAUAUAUCGAUUCAUAUGCUUGUUAGUAUUAUAUUGAUGUGAUGUGUUAAGAUAUAUUUAGCCACUUAGGUCGUCACUGUAUAUUUGAAGCUGAUUGUACUGAGCAGCACAUCUAGCACGUUUUACCAAGACUCGCGCGACUACAUGUAUCAAGUCGCGCACUUUACGGCAACAUGUGCUAGACGUCCUGAUAUCAUAUGAAUUUACAUCGAGCGUUGGGAGAUGUCAGGUAAGAUAACACUAAAGCAUGUUAUAUGGGAUUGUUUCAAAUAAUUACAAGUACCUAUAGUACAAAGUAACGCUUUUAUAACUUGGUUGGUGUCAUAAUUUACCAUCUGAACUACUUGUUCGGUUUUAAAGCCGACCACUGACUAACAGUCCGCCGGACGAUAACGGCCGGUCAGUUGUUCGGAACUGUAAAAUUUUUGUCCUAACUGACAGGCCGAUAUCGUCCGGCGGCCUGUUAGUCAGUGGUCGGCCUAAUAUUGUAUAAAAUCAGCAACAUCAAAAGUGGGCACAAUCAAAGAGAAUUUGAAAUAGAGCGUUACAUUCAUGGUUAAUUAUGUAGUUACAGUACAUUUACUGCCAUCUUUCGACAGACGAUUAAAACUGUUAGAACGCUAUUUGACUUUGAUCAUUAUUUACUGAUAUGUGUUAACUUAGGUACUAAAUAUUAAUAUUAACGCCACUCGAGAGUAGGCUGAAGGUUAUGGCGCCAUCGCUCGAGAAGAUUGCACCAUACCUAUGGCCGAGUAGAUGGCGUUAAUAUUAAGAUUUAAUAAGUUAACACAUAUCAGUGAAAGAAUACGGAGCAAAGUUCAAAUGGCGUUCUAACAGAUUUAUGUUGUCGAAAGGUGGCAGUAAAUUUACAGUGGCUACAUAAUUUACUUUGACAAUCCGCCUCUAUACACUCUAUUCUCUUUGGCACAAUAAAUGCAGAGUCUUUUGACCUUGCUGACUGUCCUUCGUCUAACGAAACAACAUCUAUGCUGUUGUUGCCGAAUAUAAGAAUGCCAACUCUGAUAAUUGUACUUCAUUUUAUUAUCGGUACGGUUUAGAAAUAAAGUUUUACGCCAAAUGUGGAUUGUA